UUUCGAGUAUUUUGUAAACCAAAGCCCUCCCUCUCUCGACCUUUCUCUGAACCGCCGAUCAGAAGAACACGAUAUGCUCUACUUAAUGACUUCAAACAGUCUAUGGAUUCUAUCCCUCAAGCUCCUACUCCUUUCCUCCGCCAUUCUAUCAAUGGCGGAGAUUCUGAAGUUCUACGUUCCUCUGGUUGUCGACAUCCUCGUCUCUUACGUUCCCGCCGUUUGGAGCUCCAUCGUUUUAUGGUUAAGGCCUCCUUACCUUUACUUGUUAUUUAACUUUAUUAUCGUCAGUAUUCUUGCCUCUUCCAAGCUUCAUCAGUACCUGGUAGAUCCUCCGCCGACGACGGUGCCGAAGCUGUACGAUGAUUCACGAGCAGAUUUCACAGUUAUUAGAGCCGUCGGCGAUGUUCUCGAGAAGAGCGGUCGCGAUGCGGACGAAGACUUCGCGGCGGAUGUUUCGGAAGAUGAAGAGAAAUCGGAUGCGGAAUUGUACUCCAAGAUUUCAGACAGAGAAAAUGAUGGAAACGGCGAGACUGAUCGGAGCCGAUUGCAAAAAGAGGAUUCGGUGGAGAAUUUGUUGCAGAAGUACGAUAAGAAGCCGCCGAUUUCUUCGAAGAUCCGUAAUCGGAAAGCUGCAAAAGCUGCUACUACUCCUGCAGGGACGACGUCGAGAUGGUCCACGAUAAACAGACACGACACGUUGGACGACGCGUGGAACGCGAUAACGGAGGGCCAUUCUGCACCGUUCUCGAGACGGUUAGAUAAAUCCAAUACGUGUGAGCCGCAUACCACACGGAACGAAGAAGAAGAAGAAGAAACCGCCAUAGGCCAAAACAACAGCCCUCCAAAAGUAACGAAAUCGGAAACUAGCUUCAAGAGCAACGACAAGAACCAGGAGUUGAGACAGUCAGCGGCGGCGGCGAGAGUGAGAAAAAUGCCAUCUGUGACGGAGGAGGAAUUAAACCGGCGGGUGGAGGCGUUUAUAGAGAAGUUUAGGGAAGAAAUGAGGCUGCAGAGGGAGGAAUCACUGAAGAAAUUCGAGCUGAUGAUCAACGGAAGCUAUUAUUGAAAUUGCUCGCAUUCUGAUCGGUUAGUUGAUUUACGUUGAAUGCGUUUUUGAUUUAGGGUUUUGUUCUUGAUGAUUUUCGUUUCGAGUUCUUUGA